AUGAUAGAAAGAAAAGAAUUACAUAUGUCGCAACAUUCCUAUAUUCGAACAAAUUCCGUUCGAAAAUCGAUUAAGCCAACAAUUAAUCAUGAUGAAGAUGAAGAUGAUAAACGACGAGAUGUAUCUGGUCGAAAACGAGUUGAUGUUAUUCAUUGUUUAUUAGAAUCAUCAUCAUCAUCAUCAUCAUCUGACGAAAAUGAUAAUACAAAAGUUAUUAGUCCAAAUCCUAAUAAAAUUCUUUGGCUAACAUUUGCUGAAAUUUGUCAUAUUCGCUCUGUUCUUACUCAAACAACUCUUAAUACUCGUAUGUUAAAUGAAGACAAACAACAUUCAAAAAUCUUUCAUAAUGAUAUAUGUUUUUCCUGUCAAAAAAAAAUUAAUUCAUUAUCUUUUAUAUCAACUAUUUUUUCUCCUAACAAUUCUUCUGUUUGUUAUAUUUGUCAACAGAAAAUAUGUAGAAAAUGUUCAGUAACAAAUUUUUUACCUCCCUCAUCGAAACAUCAUUUUCCUGUUCGAAUACAAGCUUUAAUUAAAGUAUCAUCAACUUCUAUUAAAAAUGAAAUAAAUACAAACAAUAAAUUGAUUCCAAAAGCAAAAACAAUUUGUUAUGAUUGUUCACAGGUAACAUUUCAAUUGUAA